AUGUCUCCGGCUCAUCUUCUGGUUACAGAAGAAGCUGCCACCUUUUUACAACAGGACACUUCCAGUUUUACAGUGAGCAUAGCUGAAGACAAACCUCAGCCAGUGUUUGUGAACAUAGGCCUUCAAGGCUCAAGGAGGUUGCUUCGUCCAGCUCCCCUGACUUCACGUGGUCGCCCUCCGAAUUUGGCUGUUGGGGCACCUCAGGAUGCACUGGCAUUCAAACCUAUGGUCUCAAGUCUAGAAUAUCUGGAAGAGCUGCACAUGGAAAAGAACCUGAUUGUAAGCAUCCCAGACAUCAAUCACCUGAGGCACAUGAAGAUCCUCUACUUGGAUCAGAAUUACAUGCAGGACAUAUGUGAAGAACUGGGGGAGCUGAAAUGUCUUCUAAGCUUAAAUCUAAGUAACAAUCCCCUCUCCUGUAAUUUGCUGCCAGUUAUCAGCAAGUUGCAGCCCCUUUGUCAGCUAGUCUAUAAAACAAACUUGCACGAAAUCCCAGUGCAGGUCUGUGAAUAUCUGCAUCGUGUUGAACUGCUUGGCCUUUCUGACAAUUAUUUCAAGUGUUUGCCUAAAGAAAUAGUGAACCUGACAAAACUCAAGGAAAUUUACCUCCAGAAAAAUAGAUUUGAAAGUUUUCCCAAGGAGCUUUGUCAUACUGCUAAUUUAGAAAUAAUAGAUCUGGAACAAAAUCUGAUCAGUCUCAUCCCAGAAGACAGAGGCUUUUUGACAAACUUAGUUAAGCUAUUUUUAGCUUUUAAUAACUUAUCCUCCAUUCCUCCUACACUGCAACACUGCCAGAAGCUGCCUGUGCUGGAUCUGUCCAAUCUCCUGCACAAGCUUCCCCCAGGUUUGAAGAAUCUCACUGAAAUGAGAGUACUCAGACUGUCUGCUAACAGCCUGGAGAAGUUCCCAAACCAGAUCCGCUGCUGGCCGUCCCUUUCCCGUGUUUAUCUGAGGAACACCAGACUGCACACAGUACCCAGGUCCUUCAUCAUAUUAACCAGUGUCAGGAUACUAGAUCUGAGUGAAAAUUGCUUUGAUGAUAUUCCUAAAGGAAUAUGCACUAUGAAAAAUCUGGAAGUAUUGGCCCUGGAUGACAGUCAGAUACAGAAGAUCCAAGUGUUGUAGCAUGGGUCGAUGAAUCAGAAGGGGAUUGGACCUUUCUUGACACUUAAGAAUCUAACGAAAAAAAAGAAAGA